AUGGUCCAAAGUUUAAAUCGGGUGGCGUGGUUUUUUUCAUGGCACAAAUUAGCGAAAAAUUGGCGAAGUUCGUGGAAUUCAUGCCGAACUUGUUGCACGUGGUUAGUUUCUCAGCAAAAAAUCGAAUCCCAACGAUUUACUUCAAGCACUACAAUAUGUGUUGAUGCUGGGAUGACGUUUGCAUCACAAAUCAGAAAAAGAAUCAUUCAUACGUUACCUGGAGAUUUUGGUGAACAGUUACCAAGCCUAAAGCAGAUCGAGCAUUUUCUGACAAGUCGUAAACUCACGUUCGAACGCGGUCAUACUUCACUCAUAGGAAAUUGUCCACUAUGUGCUAGCAAAGCUCAGAGUAUAGAGGAGAAGGGCAAUGCACGAACACUUUAUAUUAAUAAGACUACUGGAAGUCAUUUUUGCAAAAACUGUGGAUUAUCGGGAACCUGGAGUCAAUUUAAGGUAAGAAUUAAGACAGUGAAAAUUACAGUCUGUAAUGUUUAUAAAAUAACCGACAUACUACGAGCGCCCUGAUUGGUCAAAAACUUGUCGUUUAUUGCACCGGUAACCCAUAGAAAGUUGAAACAUAUUUUGUUUCAAUUUUAUUUAAUAAAAGCGAUAGACCACACUUUCUAUCAGUUUACUAGCGUAAUAACCCAUUUGGCCUGUUGGAGGAACACAAGAAAAGUUUGCAAAUCACUCGGGUUCAAAUAAUAUGGUCAGCACAGGUGCCUAACACAUGUAAAAAGGAGAGGUAAUUGCCUGAGGUGGCUUAAAAGUGUUUCUUUCUGCAGUUCAAACCAUAGAAUCAUAGUUUUCAAAAUUUGAUUCAGAGGAAAGAGCGGUAGUAUUGCAAUGUUUCCUCCAUAUAUCAAGGGAUAUGCUGACUUACAUGCACCUGGCCCACCCUCUGAAAGUUCAUGAUCAUGCUGAUCUGUUGAACAAGUGAAUUGAGGACUAUUUCCAAUAAUAAUAAAUUAUGGAAAUGAUGGAGAGGACUCAGCCAUUAUUGCACAGGUAAACACGAUCUUGCACAGGAAUACUGAGGGAGACUUCAUAUCUACAUGUAUUUAAUUCUGAACCUUCCUAAUGACAUCUGCAGUAUUUAUAGUGGGAAGAUCUGUGAUUUGAGUUUCAUUUUGCUUUCAUAAUAUUAGAUUUGGGGCUGGGGUGAUAUUGUGCAGAGGAAUAAGAUACUAGUAACUCUUACAGAUUCACAAACAUCAAAACCUGACAAAACCAAUUUCAAUUUUGUUGUUCAGUUACAUGUUUAUUGUGUAGUAAAAUAAUCUGGGAGAGGAUUUGAAGAGCCACAAAAAGGAGUUCUGUCAGUGGCAGUGACAGAUUUGGAAUCUCUAUUUUAGCAACUGAAUUAUUAUAAUAAUGACAAGUUGUCAAACAUCAACCACUGUCACCAAAAGUAAUUUUUUUUCACAACUACCCUACCUCGGAGAUUCACCAGUGUGAUCAUACUACAUGAUCAACUUUUGCUCUCAGGUCUGUCUAACCAUUCAAGUUGAAAUUGUGUAUUUAGACCUGUUUUUUAUAAAUGUAGAAAAUACAUGAAGGAAACAUUUCUCAAGAGGCAAAUAAAUUCUCUUCAAAUGGCAAUCAUGUUGAAAGCAGUUCAGAUUUAGCCAGACAAAUAUGGGAAAAGUCUACUUCACUGACUCAGUGUGAUCAUGAGAUGUGGGAAAAGUUUAUUAAUCAUUUCUCAGUCAAGGUAAAACAGUGUUUUACUCUCCAGUGUUUCCAAAUAAUGUAAUUACAAAUAUCAUAUUUAACCAUUACAUCCUAAUGGAUCCUAAUCUUUGAUGACAAUUCAACAAAAUCUGUGGAAGUCAUCAUCAUCAGAGUCAAGAGACUAUUUGUCUGUCAGGUCAGUGUUAAAAGCCUGGUUGGUGAGAACUGAUUAGUCAGAAGUGCCCUGAUGUUGUUAGCAGUAAGACUAAAGUUGUGUUUAACCUCCUCUUUAGGCUUCUUUCAACCAGGGACUUCUGAAAGCUGGGUUGCAAACUGAUGUUAACAACUUCUAGCACCAUAUGAGCAACUUAUAUACAGCUAAAACACAAUAGAUUCGGAAAAUAGAAGGACAUAACUUUACUGACACAAUGAAACUGACCUGUCCUAACCAAUUUCUUCUACCUGAGUCUUGCAUACGUGUACAACCAGUAAUAUCACAGCAAAACUGACCAAUCAGUUUCCAUGAACCAGACCUAUAACACUUUACCAAAAACAGUUCCUUGAUAAUUUUUAGUGAUUGAGAAAUAAAUUUCAUUUUAGCAGCUCACCAACAAGAAUCAUUGCUUUACUUAAACAACUCCUUACUAGACUCAGAGGAUUAUUUCUGCUAUUUUUUUUUUUUGAGAUGGCAGUCACCACUUAAUGUUGCUACUGAUAAAACACUUUUUCAUGACUGCUCCCACUUACACAAUUAGACUACAUGAUCAACCAGCUCUUACUCUUGGGUUCAGCUCAUUAUUAUUGUAUUUUUUUUUCCUGGUCAAAAGAUGGUGAAAACAUUUGGUUUCCUCUGUGUGAAUCAGCCUGCUUGUUUAUAAGAACUGUGUUUAAUUUUUGCUCUUUCCUUGAAUAGCCUGAAUAAUAUUCUGCUGAGUUCACUUUGUAUCCUGCUAUUUAUAGGAAUUAAGAAGGGAUGUAUUGGAGAAAUUUCAAGUCAGAUUUGUUGAACAUGAGGUGAAUAUGUUUAAUAAUUACUUUGAGUGAUUUUAGUGGUUAAAAUGAUGAUAAUGAUAUUUGAAAUUGACCAAAAUUGUAAUAUACUUACCACUCAAAGUUAUUGUUGUCUAGUUCCUUCAGAGUUGAAGGUAAAUUUUUUUUUUGUAUUUUAUUCUAUUCUCAUAUAGUUCAAGGAGCAAAAUGGGAGGUCAAGAAAAUAUGAGUGUAUAUUAUUCCCAUGGUAUGAUGUCAGCAAGGAAACUGUUAGGGGCAUUAAGCUGGUGAGGCUGGGGUCUGACUCAUCUGACUCCUGCAUUGCUAUUGAACCACGGUAAGAAAGUGACAUGCACCUGUAUGUUGAUCACUUUAGGAUUAAGUCAAAAUUUGGAUGAUUCGACUUCUACUGGAAAGCUAGUAAAUGUUGAAGAACUGUUACUCCUAAAUGCAUAUUAUAAUUUGAGCCAAUGCAAAAAUAACCCCCAUUCCUUGCACAAACAUAUUACAUGCAUCCUUAUGUAAAGGGAGGUACUGUAACAGUAGAAUGUUUCACAAGAACUCAAUACUUUGACCCACACUUAAAGACUUACUGAUCAUAUAUGAAGGCUUUUAUUUGAAUCUGAUAAUAUUUAAUAUGUGUAAUGUACGUAUUCAAUUAGCACAGUCUAACUUUAGUUAGAUGCAUUAUUUUGUUUUUUAUUAAGCAAUUUUUUUUACAUUUUGAUCUCCAGGCAGGGCUUUUUGGGACUAUUUGGUUGGAAUACUGUAGAUUCUGAAAAAAAGGAGGUUGGUUACCCAUAUGUACAUCUGGUGAAUGUCAAACAUUUACCAAGGAACUCAAGGUGCUUGUACUGUAUGUAGGUCAUUGUGAAAGCAGCUUGGUUGAUUAAUACACUUUCUUGGCUGAUUGCUAUAUCAAUCCACAGGCUCUAAUUGUUGUAGUCAAAGUAAAUUGUAUUUCACUUUGGUCAAUUUUAGGUUGUUUUGACUUCCAACGAGUUUGAUGCUAUUGCUGUGAGUCAAUCAACUAUGUAUCCAGCCAUUUCCCUUCCAAUGGGAACAAACUCCCUUCCUCUUGAGGUUUGUUGCAUAUGUUUUAUGUAUCAGUUCUUGCACCUUCAUAUAAUGUACAUGUUAAUUGUCAUCUCUAAAAUAUUGUUUCAGUUUUAAAGCCAAUUUGUACUGUUUGGUGAACUAUUUCAGUCAGAAAUUUCAAAGGGAAGUAAAUAAGUGCUUCUAUCAGUGAUGAAAAGGAUUCUUCAUUAAGUCUCUUAUUAUUUGAUAUACAAAAAAAUUCUUGUUUCAGUUAAUCUUCCAGUAUCACUUAAUUAUGUAUUACUUUUUAUGACCCAGGUUUAUGGUGUAACCAGAAACUAAAUUUUCUAGUGUUUUGAGAUUACAGUAAGAGUUGCUAAAAUAGAAAGAAGUCUAGGGCCUUUCGUAAAUGCAAGUGGUAUGCUACAUGUACAAAUAAUUUUGCUCGUUGCAUGCUGAUGUGAAUGUUUGUGUCUUUAGGUUCUACCACAACUUGAACAAUUUGAGAAGAUUGUUCUUUGGUUUGGAAAUGAUGUUUUCUCUCGGCAUGCAGCCAAUCAGUUUUCAAAGAAGUUAAACUUGAAAAGGUGUUUCCUAGUCAGGUACUUGUUCCUGUUUCAGAGAAAAGAAAUUGGUGUUUUGGAAAGAACAAUCCAAAAUUUACAGAAAGUUCACAGCAAUUUGCUUCUCCAUGUUACUGUUCCUCCCUCACCAGUAAAGAUAGUUAACUCAAUAAUCCAUCUGUCAUCCCCUCUUUGAUAUUUGAUAAAUUUGCAUUAUGUUUUGGUUCAGUUGUUAGAUCACUUUUAUAUCUUAUUACUUUCAUGCCACAAAUAAACAUGCAGGAGUGAUUUUUUGGGACUUGUGACCAUAAAUACCUUUUAAAAAAUAACUCUGUUGAUCUUCAGGGCAACCAGUUGUUGAAAGUGAACUAAGAAUAAAUUGAAAGUUUGUAAUAGUAUUUAACUUACAAAUAGUCAAACUUGUAAUUAUUGCACACCCUCCAUAUGAAUUACUCAGCUUGAUGGUCUCAGCUAUGUAUAAACUUGUCUUAACAAAACCACUCUCAAGCAGACUAUUUAUCUGGUUCCAUUAAGAUGUUUAAACAAUUCACUUUGUCAAAAAAAUUGCGUUGAGUUGUUUAAUUUCCUUGCAGGCCAAAUGAUGACAAAUCUCCAGCAAAUGCCUUAGAUGCUUUAAAUUUGGUAUGUUGAAGUUGAGGCAGAUUGUAUGUGCACAGUGUAUAUUCACUCAUUUUUGUGUAGAUUAUCCAUUAUAUAACUGUUUAUAAGUGUAAGUUGACACUUACACUUCACACUUCAUGUAUUUAUUUAAAGAAAUAUAAGGUUUACAAAACUUCAUGUCCUGUAAAUAGCUACAAUGCUAAUCUAGGCAGGACAAGACUUUAACUAAAGUUAAUUAUUAUAAUUACCAUUAUUUGGUCUCUCUGCCAUUUUUCGUGUGGGAAUCUAUUACUUUAAGAAAUCUUAACAUCUUUUCAUAGGUUGAUAAUAGUUUUUAUAUAUCUAUAGGUAUUUACAUAAUUUGCAUACACAAUGCUUCAAAUUGCAAGGGUCAUACUUUUGUUUAACCCUGAUGUUAUCUUUUUUCUUUCUUUUUAGGGUUAUGAUCUCACAUCAUUAAUUUCUGCUGCUCAAUCAAUCAGCCAUGAAAAAAUUACUACUUUCCACCAGGUCUGUCUUGGGUAGAUAUAAUUUUAGCAAAUAUUCCUUUGAUACCAGUCCUCUAGUUUUAAGGUGUAAAGUAAAGCUAUUAGUAGUGGUCAGUACUGUAAUUCUACAAGUAAUUCUACCAGUAAUUCUUCAUACAGGUAAUGUGUAUUUUCAAUCUUUUCAAAGUUGUUUUUUUACCAUCUUAAAUGCCCUGCAUAUGGGCUCUUUUAAUUUUUUGUUUUUAGUUGAGGAGUGAAGUGUUUGAUCAGUUUGUUAAUGCUGAGCAAGUCGCCGGAGUGAAGGUUUGUAGCUUUCUUUGCAUUUUAAGUUACAGUCGGUAGUUCUGUUGAAUAUUUGAAAAGUGGAUGAUAAAGAAUAUUUCAUUAAUUUAUUUAUAGUGGAAGAGAUUUCCAAAAUUAAACAACAUUCUGAAAGGUCUACGGCGAGGAGAAGUGACAGUGUUUACAGGGCCCACUGGAGCAGGAAAAACAACUUUAUUAAGUGAAAUGUCACUUGAUCUCUGUAUGCAGGGGGUGAGUUUAACAACGAACAAUACUCUCAAACAACAAGUUAGCGUGAGCCAACUAAAUAAACAUGUAAGGUAGUUAUUUUGUACAGAUACAAGCGUAAAAUACAUACAAAAAGAAAAGAAAACUAAACGUGUGCCAGGUAGUAUCGUAACAGUCGGAGAACAAGCAAUAUAGUAGGAUAUGGCCGAGUUCUUGUUUUUGUUUUUGUUUUUGUUUUUAUGGACCGCAACGAAGUCGAGGAAGUCGAAGUCGAGAAAACGCUAAAAAAAAAGGAUUAAGACUAAUAAUUAGCCAUCUUGACCGGAUAAGCUUGGUCAAUAAAAUAUUUAUUAUAAAGCAGAAAGAUUUCGCUUUAUUAGGAAUCAAUAAUGCCUUUUGUUUCGAGAGCCAGGAAAGAAAGCCUACUGUAUUUUUUAGCACAGUAAACCAAGGACAGUCGUUUAUGUCUUCAUUACCUUGGCUAUCUUCAGCUUUUUUUUUUUUCUUACUCCUUUACCGACAUUGUCCAAAAAAUUACGAACUUUGCAAGUCUGUUGUAUGGGUUUUUUCUCCUACGGGGGAUCAAAGCGUGCAAUCCCAAGCGGGCGAGAUGGGCCCAUCUCCUCGGGUAGCCAAUCAGAACAAAGGAGUCGCUUCAUACUACCCAAGAGCAUGGAAAUAUUUAAGCAAAUACAUUAGCAAAUACAAUUUUAAUAUGAUAUCAGUUUUUGGAAAUUGAGGUACGAAAUAUACGCACAGAUGUCAACACGAGAACAUUGAAUCUAUCUCUGUAGAACAAAGAUAGAUUCAAUUUGGUACAAUUUGCAACGACAUUUCGAUCCUAUAUGGGGCGUUACAAUAUUAUGAAAUGGAGUCUAAACAAACACAAAGAUCUACAAGUUAAAUCGAAAGUAAAAUGCCAAUUGUGCAGUAUUUUUUUAAUUUUUUUUUUAUCAGGAGGGUAGAUCUUCGUGCUGGAAAUAACGUCGUAAAAUCUAUUAACUUACAUAUUGGGCGUGUACCGCUGACCACGUAUUGAUUGAAGAAAAGUGACGAUGAGUAAAAUACAAAAGGUCAAUUACGUAGAUAAAAUGUGAGCGCGUUUGACUGGAAGUCUAUUCUGUAUUGAUAACUUCGAAAAGACUGGUUUACCCACCGAAAUAACCUUGCUUCGCCACCUCAGGCCCUCCUUGAGACAAGACAGUCUACAAAACGCAUGGUUUUCUACGACGAUAAGCUUUCUCGUAACGUUUGCUUUUUCGAUUUAAAUUGGUCCCGAAGAUCCCUCUGUUUGCUCAAGGCGUUUUACUCACUAAAUAAGGAUUUCCGACAGAUCUUACGACUAAAUAUCAACAUGGUUACGCAUUCUUUUCAUAUUUAUAUUACGCGAUGAUCGCUUACAUCAUGUAGCUUGUCACGUGGGGUAAACUUCACAGAAACCACAACAGCAUUACGUCAUUUUUCGUCCUAUAUGAAGCACCUUGCACGAGCGGUAAGAGAUUGCGAACGUGUAUAGUUGCUACGCACGAGACACAAAGACCAACAGCGCUCGGGACACUAACAAGAAAAACCAAAAGUGUGCGAGAUGCAAACGAAACAAUCGGACACCACGGAAGUCCUCAAAGUACGCCAGCAAAAAAGGAACAAUCAAACAGCAAGAUAAACCAAAAGUCCGCAACGCACUAACGUUACAACUGGACAGCAAGGAAAACCAAUAGUGCGCGAGGUACUAAGGUGAAAAUCGGACAGAAAGAAAAACCAAAUGUGCUCUAGACACUAACGUAACGAUCGUACAACAAGGAAAACCAAAAGUGCGCGAGAUACUGACGCAACCGUGGGAAAUCAGGGAAAACUAAAAGGGCGCGAGAUACUAACGUAACAAUCGGAAACGAAAAAAACCAAAAGUGUGCAUGAUAAUAACGUAACAAUAGAAUCACAAGAAAAAAAAACGAAAGUGCGCAAGAUGUCAACGUAACAAUCGGAUAAAAAGAAAUUCCCAAAAGUGCGCCAGGUACAGACGUAACAAUCAAACAGCAAGAAAAACCAAAAGUGCCCGAGAUUCUGACGUGACCAUCGGAUUGGAAGGGAAACCAAAACUGCGCGAAAUGCUAACAUUACAAGGGAAAUCAAAGUGCGCGGGACACUAACUUAGAGAACCAUAAGUGCGCGAGAUACUAGCUGCCUGUGAAUGAUCGUAGCUCGACUUGAUUACUCAGCGACAAGCGUUUGAUGGAGAGCGACCAAAGAGGCACUGGUUGUGUCAUUUUAUUACUAAUUAAAUGCUGUAUUAUUUAAGUACUUAAUGCUUACCUACCAUGAAGGACACAAACAUAUGUAUGUAGAGAACUAUCAAACAUAGAUGUCAUCGUCAUUAAUACUGGCAUCACCAUCAUAUUUAACGCAGGUUACCCUUCAUCACGCUCGGAUGUUGGGGUAAUUUAACAUGUUUUCUCUUUGUUUUGAGUGUCGUUUUUCAAUACCAGGUGAACACGCUUUGGGGAAGUUUUGAGAUUCGUAAUGUACGCCUUGUGAAAAUGAUGAUGUGUCAGUAUUCGGGGUAAGUUGAAAGGAUAUGGUUCACGUUUGUUUAGUAUAAAACAAUCAAACCUCAUUAGGUCACAACUGAAUAUCAUAACGAUGUUAAAAUGUCGAUGUCUUAAGAAAAUGAUUAAGUGGGAUAAAAUGAUUUCGUUUAAUCUAUUUUAGUCGGUACAUUUCGUUGGUUGUAAGUCCACUUUUACAAACCACAUGCACAUGAAGCUGUAAAUAAGUGAAAUAGAGACAGCUGAAGUAAGUAAUGACUAUAGAAUAAUAGAACUUUUCGUGCAUUUAUUUUGUACUCAGAUUGAAUUUAGAGAGAAACGUUGAGCAGUUUCAUUACUGGGCAGACAAGUUUGAGAUGUUACCAAUGUACUUCAUGUGUUUCUACGGAGCUCAGAACAUUAACACUGUCAUCGAAGUAAGUAAUGUUUAUUAUAAAUAUUUCAAGUAGUCAAUUAUCAGCAGUGUAUUUUACUUUGAAGAUGAUUAUAACCGAUUAUUUUCUGGUUUGUUAGACCAUGAGUCAUGCUGCUUAUGUGUAUGACAUCGAACACGUCAUCGUCGACAAUCUACAGUUUAUGACCUCAUAUCUAAGGUAUAUUGGACGUAAAUCUGUAUGUCUCUAGUAUUAAACAUGGAAAUGUACUCAAUAACCCUCCCUGAUUUCCUUUGACCCCACCCAAAUUAAGGCAAACAAAUAACACAAAUCAAGUGUUACAUGUUUACAAACUCGGCUCAACCGGCAAGAAGCACAACAGUUGACGAUUGACUCUUAUGGUGCAGAAGUCGACCUUGCUACUAAUGAAUCACGAAUCUGAAGCGCUUAUGCUCACACACACAGGACUCCACAUUACACAAAAUGACACACUAUACAAUAUCACCAUAUUUUGUGUUUUCCUUGGUUGCUUAAAAUUCUCGAUUAGAGAAUGCCAACAAAUAUCAAAAUUGAAAGGCAACGUGUGGCUAAGGAUGCCGCGAAGAAAUUAACAAAGAUUACCGGUCACAGAACUUCAGGCUAAGAAUUUUACGUUAGUUGAACUAUAACUCUUGCAGUGUUAAUAUGAUGGAUAAAGUUACCAUUACUCGUUGCCAGUUAAACCUUUUCCUUUUUUUUGUCAUUUCCUAUUAGCCGUGGGGACGACCGAUUUUCGGCUCAGAAUCACGUGAUCUCAGCACUGAGGAAUUUUGCUAGCACCAGGAAUGUACAUGUCACUUUGGUCAUCCAUCCAAGAAAGGUUUGCUAUGCACUGAUGCGGUCCAAACAUGUUCAUAGGCACACCUGGUUUCUCCUUGAAUUUGGCUGGUGGGACUGAGACUUUUCCUCCCAUGUUCCCCCAAAAAAGCGAAGAAGUAAAGAAACAGAAGAAAAACAAGGUGUAACCUGAUUGACUGUACUCUGAAAUGAAACAGUCAUAAAUUGCAUUGCCAUUUUUUAAUUCAUAGCAGAAUGAAAAUGCAUUCAUAGAUGGUGAUUAAGAGUUGUGAUUGAAAUUCCUUAACGUCAAGUGUCAAGUAGUGUCAAAUGGCCCAGGAAUACAAGUCCUCGCUGUAGGGUUUUUUUGUUAUCACGGUGCUACAGUGUACAUGUAUAGCAUGGUUACCACUAUUUCAUCUGAUUCCUUCUUUUCAAAUGUUUUCAAGAAUAUGCUUCGCUUAAUUGUUUGGGUAGAUGCUUGACUUUAUGGCAAAAUUCCUUUUGCUUGUUUUUUGACAAACAGCAACACAAAUUGUUACAUUGUUACUUUAGAUGUAAAUAGCACUUUUGGUUAUACUAAUUGUUAUACUAAUUGUUUUAAAAUAUGUUCAUCAUAAAGUUUACAAACAUACACACUGUCGCCCAUAGGAAAAUGAUGAUGUUGAACUGCAAACAGCGUCCAUCUUCGGUACAGCAAAAGCCAGUCAAGAAGCAGACAACGUGGUCAUUCUUCAGAGCAAGAAAGGAGCAGCUAAUAAAUAUCUUCAGGUUAACGUUGUACAAGUGAAUUUAUCAUCUUCAGAGGAACAAAGAAAAACGUUAUGAAUGUCAACGUAGACGUGUCAAUGUAGACGUUCGUAGUGUUCAGUUGUUGUUGUUGUUGUUUUUCAUGCCUGAAGUGCAUAUUGAACAAAGUCAAUAUAUAAUAAUAUAAUAUUAUUAUAAUAUUAUAAUAUGUGCUCCGUUUGGUCCUCAGUUAUCAUCAGCCGUGUUACCACUAAUGGCGGCUGGCUUUUACUGGUGUCAUAACAAAAUUUUCGUUUGCAGAGCAGUUACAAUUACGUGACCAGUAGUAGUACUUGUUGUUCGUGUUUUUAAACAAGGCUUCCUUUUACCCAAGUUUAUGUCAGAUUUUCAACUUUUAGGCUCAAAUUCGUCAAGAUAACACACUAGGGUCAAAGGUGACUUGGUGUGGAGUGCGCAAAUGAUGAUAAUUUCUUUCGUCCCCUUAAUUUUAUUAGCUCAUAGUGGAAUACAUCUACAUUCUUUAACUCUUUUUAUUCUCAUUAUCCUUAAUGAUACUUUUCUCACGGAAAACAGACAGUAUUUCCAGUAUUAAGUUUCUCUAUAUACCUAUAACCUUUUUCCCUAGCGGCAAACCAAUAAUGUCUUUAAAAUAAAAAUUGUAAUCGCAAGCCACUUUCUCUCGUCGUUUGUUUGUGGGUGAACAGUAAGGAUGUGAUACUUGUACUAAACUCCACCUAUGGCAGACAAACCGUUUAACUAGAGAAUCGCUGUUAUAUUUUACAGAUGUCUGAUAUUUCUCUCGUUUUUCAUUUUCUAAAGGUUACGAAAAAUCGCUUUGAUGGUGUACUGGGCCGCGUUCCUUUGGACUUUGUCAGAGAAUCUCUAUCAAUGUCAGGAUUUGGUAAAACAUUCUCAUCAAUGAACACCAGUGACAGAAAUGGAAGGCUUCCUGAAAAGCUUAACGCAACUAGAGUGACGGCAGACGUGAAUAUUGUGAAGUUUUCAGCGCCAAGAAUUAUUGGCGCGCAGAGAUCAGCACAACAAAAUGGAGUGUCACAAAAGACGGUUUCUUCUACGCCUGCUAAGGAGAAUAAAGACGUAGUAGCGUCGGAUGAAGUUACAAGAAAUGUGAAUUACAUAAGCAAGAUCAACGGUGAAUCAAAUCAUAAUGACACAGUUAUGGAAAGCGACAACACUUCUGAUAUAAUCUCGGAGGAAAAAAAGGAAAGUGUACAAAGAGCAGUCAAAAAGAUUCUAAGCGGCACCCGCUUGUACACUAAAGCCGUCAAUGGUCCACGAAACAGUACUAGUGUGAGUAAAUCUUCGUGGAGGCGAGUUGUAACCCAAUCCAGCGAGUAACCCGGAAUUUGCGUAGGCGGCUAUCCUCGGGAAAGAGCCAGAUGAUCGCUGACUAAGUUUGGAGAGAUAUGUGGCAGAAAUAGACAAAAAAAAAUAAUAAAUAAAGUGGAUCACACAAUUUACAUUAGUUAAGUGUGGUCUUGAUGCAGUGAAGCUAUGUCCAAAAUCACUUAAAUUAACAGUCAUUCAACAUCAAGUAAAAAAAUUAGUUAUGGUCGUCGCAUUGCCUAUGAAUGUGUAACACCGGUAUUUGAACCAGUGGUGCUUGGUGAAACAGGGUAAUUUGAUAUUAUCAACGGAGUUAAUAACGCUAAUUGGCUACCGUAAAGAGUUUCAAAGCUGACGCUUCGAGCGUUAGCCCUUCGUACUUGGUAAAACGCUGACUUUGCCAGUCGCCAGCGUAACCGAUCUGCCAGAAAGAACUAGUAAGAAACAAAUACUCACCACAAAGUAAUCCCUUCAUUCCUCUGUAACUUAAACACUCUUCUUAAAAGCAUCUCCGUGCAUUAGAAACGACUUGUUACAGAAUUAAUUAGCAAAAAUCAACAAUAGCACCAAUACCUUGACAUCCCCAAGUCAGUUUGACAUGAAUAAAUUAUGAACAAGGUGGCAGAUUUAUCAACAGUUCUCCGCUAGAUAAUGUAACUUAUCAGUCGAGUUUUAUACUAAAUUCCUGGGUUGACAUACGUAACAAAAACCAGAAACUGUUCUAGUUAAUAUAAACGUAUUCAAUUUACUUUUUCAAAAGAGAGUUUCGUAUUUUUUAUCUUUUAUCGAAAAAAUUAG